AGUAUCCAGAGAAAUGCCACGGAGAAGUCUUGGGCGAAGUGCUGGCGGACAAACAUAGUACUUGCGGUGAUAGCCGAUGCUUGAAGUGAGGACAAUAUUAAUUACAGUACGCGCUGUAAGAUUAUCAGCCAUAUAUCAUGGCCUCACUCAUCACUGCUGUUCGCUCAAAAUUACUUCAGGCAAUCAGAUCCGUCAAUCCCCCUGGGCGAUGGAAAAUCCUCGUAGUGGACGAACACUCCCAGAAGCUGCUAGGCACCGUUCUCAAGCAGUUCGAUAUCCUUGAGGAGAAUGUUACCUUGAUCGAGUCGAUAUCCAGUCACCGCGAACCCCAGCAGUUCGAGGCAGUGUAUCUACUCAUGUCGACGACGCAGAAUGUCAAUCGCAUCAUCAAGGAUUUUAGUGACGGCCGCCAGCAGUAUCUAGCGGCCCAUUUAUUCUUCGUCGAUGGGUUGUCGGAAACAUUGUUCGAGCGCUUGACGACGUCCUCUGCUGAACCGCAUCUCAAAGGAUUGCAGGAGCUGUUUGUCAACUUCUGGGCGACGGAGGCACAAACUUUCUCUCUUCAGUCACCAGGACUAUUCUUCAACAUUUACAGUCCACCGCGGAACGAUGCUGCUUUCAAGUCCGCGCGAUCAAAGCUCGAGGAAGAGCUGCGGUUUGUUAGCAAGACUAUAGCGAACGUCUGCAUUACCCUCAACGAGUACCCAUACAUUCGGUACUACAUGCCAACACACCACACUCCCCUUGGUCCCCUCAAACCCAACGACCAAACGCGUGCGCCCCCACCUCCUGAAGGUAGUGGUCUAUGGCGAACCAAUCUUGCUCGCGGAGACGCCGCACGCGCGUACGAGGUUGCUGAUACGGAUUUCGUUACGAAGUUGCUCGCGUUUAUGAUCCAGCAGAAUUUAGAUGAGUAUAGACGGAUUAAUCCGGAGUUCCCUAAAGCUUCGGAUCCUCCCCGACCCCGCGGUACGCUCAUAAUCACGGAUCGAUCUAUGGAUACCGUCGCGCCUUUCAUUCACGAGUUCACAUAUCAGGCUAUGUGCAAUGAUCUGCUGCAGAUAGAGGAUGGCACGAAAUACAUGUACAAGUUCCAAUCGUCGAUUGGAUCUUACGAGGACAAGAUCGCCACCCUUUCAGAGGUUGACUCUGUAUGGACCACUGUCCGCCACAUGCACAUGCGUGAAGCGAUCGAUAAACUCAUGGCGGACUUUAACAAGUUCAUGGAAGAGAAUGCAGGGUUUAAGGGGGAGGGUGCCGCAAGUCUUAACGACAUGAAGGAUAUGCUUGCAAACUUGCCUCAGUAUCAAGAGCAGAGAGAAAAGUUCUCCUUGCAUUUGAACAUGGCGCAAGAUUGCAUGAACCUGUUUGAGAAGCAAAAACUGCCGCUGGUGGCUAACGUUGAGCAGUGCUGUGCUACUGGGCUCACCGCAGAGGGGAAGACACCGAAAACACUUGUUGAGGAAAUGGUGCCCUUGUUGGAUAGCCAGGAGGUCAUAAACGCCAACAAAGUGCGUAUGGUCGCGCUUUACAUCCAACACCGUGAUGGUGUUCCAGAUGAGGACCGCCGACGAUUGUAUCAACAUGCACGGCUGAGCUUGGCUGAUCAGGACGCCGUCAAUUCGUUGGUUCAUUUCGGUGUUCGCAUAAGCAGAGGACCCUCAGACAAGGAUACCAAGAAGAAGCUCAGGCAGAAGGCAUCCACUGACGACGAAUACGAGCUCUCACGGUACCGACCUCUACUUCGGACAGUUAUAGAAGAACACUCUGCCAACAAAUUAGACCCCACGCUCUUCCCCUUCGUCAAAGAUUCCCCUACAGCUAUGUCGCCGGCUGCAAGCCUUAAACAAACAACACCCCAAACUACCUCCCUCCGCAGUGCGAAGCCUAGCUGGCACAAGGCUGCGCGGGCGAAUGCUCCUGCAGAGAACAAGCAGCGUGUUAUCAUGUUUGUGGCUGGUGGUGUGACAUAUUCGGAGAUUCGAGAAUGCUACUCGUUGUCGGCGUCGCUAAACAAGGAUAUCUAUAUCGGCUCGACGCACGCUACCACGCCCCGUAACUUCAUUGAUGAUCUGAAAGUGGUUGAACUUUCGGGGGUCGGCUCACGUGCUGCGCCAAAUGGUGUCUCGGUGGCAGGAGCACAUCACUCAUACCAAGAGUAUUAUGAUGAAAAGUACUUCACACUAGAUCCACCUCCACCUCAACGCACCGCACCCGCUGUGCCGAAGGAUUCGAAACACACCGCCAGCAAACUUGUGAAGACGCCGUCAUCAUUCUCAACGUCAUCGGGGUCGCUGGGCGGCUCGACAACGCUAGGGGUAGAAAAGGAAGAGAAGAAGAAAAAGAAGGGGCUCUUCCGAUUCUGAUCCCAUCAUACCUCUCUUACUUACUCGGUUUCUAAAUCACCCAAUGGACGAUAUUCAGCUGUAGGGAAGUCUGUAGACUAUAAUAGGGUGAAGUUAAUGGACCUUUUGGAUUGUUUCAUUUCUUAGUCGCGAAU